AGGCGGGCUCGUAUAAAGAGGCUCCCCCGCUUUGGCUGCCGCUCUCCUAUUUGUCUCGUCUCGCUCUCGCCCUCGCGCUCGCGUCACCGGACCUCUCCAGAAGCAAAAGGGCCGGGCGAUCCGAUCCCCUUCGCCUCCUCGUCAACGCCGCCAAGAAUACUUUGAGGAAUGGCUGAAGAGGAUAUCCAGCCCCUUGUCUGUGACAAUGGCACUGGAAUGGUCAAGGCCGGUUUCGCUGGCGAUGAUGCACCAAGGGCCGUCUUUCCGAGCAUUGUAGGCCGACCACGCCACACUGGUGUCAUGGUUGGCAUGGGCCAAAAAGACGCCUACGUGGGCGAUGAAGCUCAAUCCAAAAGAGGUAUACUGACACUGAAGUACCCAAUCGAGCAUGGCAUUGUCAACAACUGGGAUGACAUGGAGAAGAUCUGGCACCACACCUUCUACAACGAACUUCGUGUGGCACCUGAAGAGCAUCCUAUACUGCUGACCGAGGCCCCUCUCAACCCAAAGGCAAACAGAGAGAAGAUGACCCAGAUCAUGUUUGAGACAUUCAACUGCCCAGCAAUGUAUGUCUCGAUCCAGGCCGUUCUUUCCCUGUACGCAAGUGGUCGAACAACUGGUAUUGUGCUCGACUCGGGUGAUGGUGUGAGUCACACUGUCCCAAUCUACGAAGGGUACACGCUUCCUCAUGCUAUUCUUCGUUUGGACCUUGCUGGCCGCGACCUUACUGACAACCUGAUGAAGAUCCUUACCGAGAGGGGUUACUCCUUCACCACGACUGCCGAGCGAGAAAUUGUCCGCGACAUGAAGGAAAAGCUUGCUUACGUUGCUCUUGACUACGAGCAGGAGUUGGAGACCGCCAAGACUAGCUCCACCGUUGAGAAGAGCUACGAGCUCCCCGAUGGCCAGGUCAUCACGAUCGGUGCAGAGAGGUUCAGGUGCCCUGAGGUGCUGUUCCAGCCAUCCUUCAUUGGCAUGGAAGCUCCUGGCAUCCAUGAAGCCACGUACAACUCCAUCAUGAAGUGCGAUGUCGAUAUCAGGAAAGAUUUGUACGGUAAUGUCGUCCUCAGUGGUGGCUCCACAAUGUUCCCUGGUAUUGGUGACCGUAUGAGCAAGGAGAUCACUGCGCUUGCCCCCAGCAGCAUGAAGGUGAAGGUGGUUGCGCCGCCAGAGAGGAAGUACAGUGUCUGGAUCGGUGGCUCCAUUCUGGCCUCUCUUAGUACCUUCCAGCAGAUGUGGAUCUCCAAGGCGGAGUAUGAUGAAUCCGGUCCAUCCAUCGUCCACAUGAAGUGCUUCUAAGUUCCUGGAGCAGUCUAUCUAUACUUGUAUUUUGAGUUGGUUGAGAAUUAAGGUGCAUGAUUUGCAGGUCCCGUGGCUUUUCUAGCAUUGUUGGUUCUUUCUGAAUCAUUGAAGAGCUGUUGGCCACGGAGCAUUGUGAAAUGGUGGUAAAGUUGAUAGAUGUACUACAUGAAGAAACCUAUGUAGUACUUCACAGUCUAGAUCGUCGGGUCAGUUUAUUUUUUUUGUUCAACAACAGCAUCCAUCAGGGCGGUCCUGACGUAUGCAGUUGAUCUGGGUUUUUACAAGAUGCAAGGGCACGGGGGGCUGUCGGCUGUCGCUCUUGCAGUUUCAGUGAGCAGAGUUUGCAUUUGUAGCCAGCACCCCGGCGUGGGUGUUGAUGAUCUGUCUUGUAGGUGUUUUUUUUUUCACUUUGUUGAUACAGAUGUUUCUGUUUGCAGGGGAUUAAAUUGUUUAUCCUUGAAAUGUUCUACAUAGUGCUAUGAUUGAAGCAAGCUUUAUGCUGUA